CAGCAAAGGGUUUAAAUAUUCUCUCAGGGCUAAUCAAAAUACAAUUCAGAAAAAGUGAAGAGAGAAGAAAGAACCAGCUGUAUUCUCCACACUGCACGGUUUGAUUUUUUUUCUGGACAUGUUCCCCGUGGACCCCAUCUCAGUUCUCGUGGCUUUUGUCGUCAUCUUAUUUCUAGUCAGUGUUUAUGAGAAUCAGAAAAGAUGCAAAAAAUUUCCUCCUGGUCCGAUGCCAUUACCGAUUAUAGGAAAUAUCCAUUUGAUCAACUCGAUAAACCCCCAAGAAUCUUUCAUGGAGAUGUCAAAGAAAUACGGGCCAGUGUUCAGAGUUUAUUUAGGUUCACAAAGGUUUGUUGUCCUGUGUGGUUAUGACAUAUUGAAGGACGCUCUCAUCAACCACAGCGAGGAAUUUGCUGGAAGACCUGUUACUGCAAUAGGUUUAAAAAUAUCAGAUGACCACGGUGUUGCCUUUUCAAAUGGAGAGACCUGGAAAGUAAUGAGAAGAUUCACUCUGUCUACAUUACGAGACUUUGGAAUGGGCAAGAAGACCAUAGAAGACAAGAUCAACGAGGAGUGUGAAUAUUUAGUACAGACGUUCAGAUCUUAUAGAGGCAAAUCCUUUAAUAAUCACGCUAUUAUAAAUGCUGCCGUGGCCAACAUAAUUGUGUCCUUACUGAUGGAUCAUAGAUUUGAUUAUAAUGAUCCUACAAUACUGAAGCUCAUUGGUUUAGUGAAUAAUACGGUGAAGGUCUUAGAAAGUAGAAUGGUUAGGCUGUACAACAGUUAUCCCUGGCUGAUUCGCUGGCUCCCAGGAGGCCAUAGAAAACUGUUUGAAAUCCACAAAGAGUUGAAUGACUUUGUAAGAGACACAUUUAAAACAAAGGAGAAAGAACUGGAUAUAAACAAUCAGAGGAACCUCAUUGAUGCCUUCCUUGCUAAACAACUAGAGGGAAAACCAGAAUCUAAGUUAUAUUUCCACAAUAAAAACCUAUUCAGACUGGUCAUUAACUUAUUUGGUGCUGGAAUGGAGACCACCUCAACCACUCUGCGAUGGGGCCUACUGUUAAUGAUGAAAUAUCCAGAAAUCCAAAAUAAAGUGCAAAAUGAAAUAGAAAAUGUUAUUGGAUCUGCUCAACCUCAAGUAGAACAUAGGAAGGAAAUGCCAUAUACUGACGCUGUCAUUCAUGAAAUUCAAAGAUUUGGUGACAUUGUGCCUGGAAGCCUCCCACAUGCAACUACUAAGGACAUGACAUUCAGGGGCUAUUUUCUUCCAAAGGGCACCUUCGUCAUCCCAUUGCUGCACUCUGCUCUGAAGGAUAAAGCUUACUUUGAAAAGCCAACAGAAUUCUAUCCUGGACACUUUCUUGACUCAAGAGGAAAAUUUAAGAAGAAUGAAGCUUUUAUCCCCUUCUCCUUAGGUAAAAGAAGUUGUGCCGGAGAGAACUUAGCAAAAAUGGAGCUCUUCCUGUUCUUCACAACCCUUCUACAGAACUUCACAUUCCAGGCCCCACCUGGAGCAAAGCUAGAUUUUACCCCAGCAUUAGGGUUUAUUAAUGGCCCACUACCCCAUGAGAUCUGUGCAAUUCCUCGCAGAUAAGACAUAUUUAUAUUUUAAGAUAAAUCAUCCUUCCAAUUUAAAUGUUCUUCCUGCAGGGUUCGGAAAUUAGCUUUUUUAGGCAUUUCAAUAAGGGGGGCAUUUUUAAUUUAAGACAAUACAAGCUUAAAUAGAGAUUCUAAGGAUAGUAGCCAUUGUAUUGCAUGACUGAAAUACAGUAUGUAUCCGAAUGCAACAAUCCCAAUAUUACUGAAACACUGUCAAAGCAAAAGUUCAGUUUCUCUCAUCUUGGUUAGGGAAUUAGCAGUUUCAUAAUAAAUUCUGAUCAACGAAUAUGGUUUCAACUACAAGUAAAUCUGGAUAUGGAUCACUGAAUUUCACAUUCAAAUAUAUUCCCAUAUCACCGGUUACAGACUUCUGUAUAUGGCCCACAGUCUACUGUGGUCUGCUGAUGGGUUAGACAGGAUGUUGCCUUUUGGCUCAUUCCUACUUCAUUCAUUAACACCAGGAGACAUUUGCCAAAGCUACUUUUCUCUAUUUUCCUUUUCACAUUUAAAGUAGCUUUUUGUUUUUUUGUAUUAUUCUUGCAUUAUAAUUACCAGCAAAAAAUGGAAUAAAAAUUUCUGAAAUAAAGUAUUCAAACAAUCUUA